CCCAGAGCCAGCCGUUUUGACUUGAAUUGACUUCACUGCAGAAUGCAGUGGGGGCUGGGAUUGAUAUUACUGCCGGUGAUUGUAAAGUGAAGGAAAUACAAAGCCAAAGUCCGCCAAAGACUCAGCAGCACGACACAUUGAUCUCACAUCAAACCUUGCAAGCGAGCACUCGCAUCAGCGUCUCUCACACCACUUCCUAUAUAAUCAAUCAUCCUCUUUGCUCCCUUCCAUAGUGUCUGCCUUCUAGCGUACGCGAACAUCCUUCGACGUUCUACCGACAAUCCCCACCACCACGACAUGGUCCAAGACCACCCUCAACAACCUUCGCCGGCUCUACCAGCUUCCACUCAAGCCGAUCCGCCUCCUCCUCCUCCUUCGCCACCGCCACUACCACCACCACAACAACAACCGUUCGAUCCUAGUCGAACCAUAUUUAUCGUUGAAGUGAUUGGAAUUAUUAAAAGGAAGGCCUUGAUAAAAGAGUUGGCUGCGGUCUACCAUGCUGAAUGCCUUGCAUAUUGUCAAGAGCUUUUGGAACUUCAAAGAAAAUGGGAAGAGCCAUUUAUUGACCUAAAGGCUCCAGUGGAUUCAAGGAAAGAGACAGUGCGGCCCACUAAACGUCUAAAGAAAUCUCGCUAGGCAUUGAUAUUAAUGUAAGAGUUGCAUACUGAUGUUGCUUCUGCAUUUGCAAUUCUGUUGACAUGUUCAAAUUUUUUACAUAUGUUUUCUAAGAUUCUCCAAUGGUGAUUUUAUUAGUUGUGUUCCUAUUUUACAGUUUGCUAGGGGUACAAACAAUUUUCCUUUUGUUAAAAAAAAAAAAAAAAUAGAAGGAACCUGCCUAAUUUCUGGACUGGUGUACCCACUUUCGGUACCCCAAUUUUGUGGUUCAUAAUUGUUGCAUAACUAGCAGCCUUUUAAGUAUGGAAACUGCAAGAAAGCUUACAUCAUUUA